GCGGUCUCUGUAGCGCGAGCAGAGCCGAUUAUUACAAACACAACGAGCUCACAGACCUGCAAAACUCACAAAACAACGACAAAAAUUGAACAUUAUACUCUGUUUGACAAUAAACUAAAGCGUUGUGCUGAAUAAAAUAUCUGUGGACAUGAAGUAAAUGGAAGUGAACUGGUUUUGUGGUAGUUUGUGAGCUACAAACCGUUAGCUGUCAACAGGUGAAUCAGAUCUGUGAAGUAAACAAUGUCUUCCAAAGCUUUGUGGCAGCAGCCAUAUGUCAACAUCUUCAAACACAUGAAGAUAGAAGAAUGGAAAAAAGUCAGCAAAGAAGGAGACGUCUCCUUAUACAUGGAUAAGAACCUGAAGUGUUCUGUAUUCAGCAUCCGUGGCUCCAUUCAGGCCAGCAACUACAUCCUGCUUCCCAAAACCAGCAGCCAGACUUUGGGUCUCACCGGACGGUACCUGUACUUGCUGUUCAAGCCCAGCCCAAACAAACACUUUAUUGUACAUCUGGACAUUGCGGCUGAGGAAGGUCAGGUGAUCCGUGUUUCGUUCUCGAACUUGUUUAAAGAGUUCAAGUCCACAGCAACGUGGCUUCAGUUCCCUUUUCUGUGUGGAGCAGCACAUGGUUCAGUGGAUGAGAACACCUCUACAACUGCAAAACAAGGUUUAGUAGGCCCUGCACCGUGGAGCACAAGGUGGACGUGUUUGACGAUGGAUUUACGUUAUGUGCUUUCGGUUUACCUGAACCGAACACAUAGUCACCUUAAGAGCAUCAAACUCUGUGCUAAUAUGUCCGUUAAAAACAUCAUCACCAGCGACCUGCUGUUUGAUCCUGGUUUGUCGUUCUCUGAAUUCAGGCAGUCUGGUGUGAUGUUGCCAGAUGGUUCUGCCCCCAUGCCCAGAGAAAUGUGUUUCCCUGUACCGAAAGGACAGAGUUGGCAUCACUUAUAUGACUACAUUAGGUUUCCUUCAGAUGGAAUAAAGUCACCAAUUGAUUUCAUACAAAAAGCAUCCAACAGUGCAGCGAAAAAAGCCUCGGCUGAAAAAGAGAGCCCUCAAAGAGAAGAGAGUCGAAUGGUACGCAUUAGUAAACCAGUUAACGACCGCGUGUCCCUCGUCAAGCAGAUCACCAAACCUAAACGAAGGAGCACUAAGCAGUGUUCAGAGAUCCAGACACCGAGUCUGCCCAAGCUGAUUUACUCACCCUCUAGAGUCUCAGAGAGCCCGGGGUCACCGGGUCAAAGGUCACAGGCGGGUGAAGAGGUCACAGUAGUGUUUGCAGAUGAUGCUGGAGUUCAUGUGUAUGCUAGCUGUGAGGAUGACAUCUAUAUACACACAACAGACAGUGAGGAGGAAAUCACAGUCAUUGAUGCAGCCUCUCCUCGACCUGUCUCUCUGUCUUCUGACCGAUCAGUGAAGCAGUCUCAGAAGUUGUAUCCUGACCCCAUUCUCAAGCUGAACAGAAUUAUUGGCUUUGGAGGAGCUACAAUGAGAUGUGCUGUGUGGAGUUUGGAUGGAGAGGAAGUUGUGUAUCCUUGUCACGCAAUAAUCGUCAGCAUGACUGUUUCUUCUGGGCAACAGAGAUUCUUCAUUGGACACACAGAUAAGGUCUCAGCUCUGGCCUUAAAUGCCAGCUCCACAGUGCUGGCAUCGGCUCAGACGGGCACAAACAGCCUGAUUCGUCUGUGGAGUUACAGCGCAGGAGUGUGUCAAACCAUCAUUCCUACACACACACAUGCUCUCAAUCUGCUUAGUUUCUCUCACAGCGGAGGAGUGCUUUGUGGUGUAGGGAAAGACAGUCAUAACAAAACCACGGUGGUGCUGUGGAACACUCGGCAUGUGACAGAUGGCAGUGUGGUUCCAGUCCUAGCUAAAGCACACACAGAUGUGGACAUCCAGACUAUCAAGAUUGCAUUCUUUGAUGAUACACGUAUGGUGUCAUGUGGUUCAGGUAAUGUGCGUCUGUGGCGUGUACGUGGCGGUUCUCUACGCUCUUGCCCUGUGAAUUUGGGACAGUAUCACAAUCUGGAGUUCACAGACCUCGCCUUUGAGCAGGGACACACUCAAAACCGGCCGGUGGAUGAUCGCACACUGUUUGUCAGUAGUAGGAGUGGUCACAUCUUGGAGAUUGACUAUGUUGCCGUGGCGAUAAAAAACAUCAGGAGGCUCCUCCCAGCUCAUGAAAGUCACACCCACCAAAGGGAGAAACAGACCUUUAGCACAGGUGCUGGUAUUGCGGUGAACAGCAUCAGUGUGUGUGCCAAGUUCUGUGUGACUGGUUCAGAGGAUGGCUUCAUGCGUCUGUGGCCUCUGGACUUCUCAUCAGUAUUUUUAGAGGCGGAGCAUGAGGGGCCUGUGAGUUUGGUGAAUGUGUCUUCGGACGGUUCGAGAGUUCUAGCAGCCACAAGCACAGGGAAUCUUGGAUACCUGGAUGUGGCCAGCCGAGGUUACCGUACUUUGAUGAGGUCUCACACAGCUAGUGUUUUGGGCUUCAGUGUGGAUGGAGUUCGACGGCGGGUCACCACAGUGUCCAGAGACGCUACUGUCCGCGUGUGGGACAUGGACACACUGCAGCAGCUCUAUGAUUUUGUCACAGAUGAUGAUGAAAAUCCCUGUUCUGUUGCGUUCCAUCCCAGCAUGCCUCUUUUCGCUUGUGGAUCAAGUUCUGGUGCUGUUAGAGUGUUUGAUAUCCAAACAUCGAGCUUAAUCGCUCAGCACAGGCAGCACUGUGGGUCAGUUGAGUGUGUGAUAUAUUCUCCUGAUGGUCAGUGUUUGUUCAGCGCCGGCUCUGGAUAUCUGGUCCUUUACAGCUCCUCUGAACGCGAGCAUCAUGUAGUCCGAGUUCUGGGUAAUGUGGUUAUGUGUGGUGUGAAUCGUAGUCCGGAUAUUUUGGCCGUGAGCUCUGACAGUCGCCGUCUGGCACUGAUCGGACCGACCGAAUAUAUCGUCACGAUAAUGGAGGCAAGAUCCCUGAAUGAGCUGCUCCGGGUUGAUGUGAGCAUUGUGGAUGUUGAGAGCUCGACUCUGGACUCCGCUCUGAAUGCGUGUUUCUCACCUGCAUCACUGUCACACCUGCUCAUCUCCACAUCCGCCAAUAAAAUCCUCUGGAUCGACACACACACAGGACAGCUGCUCAGACAGGUCUCUGAGGUGCACAAGCAUCAGUGUGAGUCUCUAGCAGUCAGUGAAGAUGGUCAUUAUCUGCUCACAGCCGGCCAAAACUCGCUCAAGGUCUGGGAUUAUGACAUGAAGCUGGACGUCAAUUCACAGGUGUUCAUCGGUCACUCUGAGCCCAUCAGACAGGUGAGGUUUACUCCUGAUCAGGUGGGUGUGGUCACUGCAGGUGACGCCCUGUUCUUCUGGGACUUCCUGGCUCCUCCACAGCAGAGUGAACAUUGCAGGUCUCCAGCUUUAAACGUCUCUUCUCGUAAAUCAGCUCAAAGUUGGGCGGGGCUUAAUAUAUCAGAGCUGUCCAAUGAGAAACCUCGAGAGGCUUUAUUUCAUCCCUCCUCACCGCCGGUCAUGAAUUUUCUUUCCACCAAGAGAAAUGACACUGAAGAUUUACUGUGCAAAUCAGCUGCUGAACUUCAGCUCAGUCCCUCAGCAGACCACGCCCACUCCCCUCCCCCCAGACACGCCUCCUUCCUUAGAGUAACUGAGUGGGAAAAGGACGAGGACACGCCCACUCUCUCCGGCCACCAAUCAGGAUCCGAGAAAACACAGGGACACACAUUGAUCCACCCAGACUGUUAUAAACACUUCACUCCAAGAUUCAAGACUUCUGUCGUGGAUCAGUCUGUUGUAGCUUCACCCUCAGGAGAGGCGGGGCUUAGUCUGAAGGCUGUGAUUGGCUAUAAUGGAAAUGGGCGUAGCAAUAUGGUCUGGAAUCCAGACACAGGUUUGUUUGUGUACACCUGUGGAAGUAUCGUCAUCAUUGAAGAUCUUCACACAGGCUCACAGAAACAGUGGUUCGGACACACAGAAGAGAUCUCAACGCUCGCUGUCACCCAUGAUGCACUGACGGUUGCGUCUGCAUCAGGGGGCGGAGCCUCACACAGCAGCCUCAUCUGCAUAUGGAAUGUUCAAGAUGGUUCCUGUAGACACAAGCUCGCGUAUCACAAUGGAGCAGUGCAAAGCCUUACAUUUUCCAGGGAUGACAUGUACCUUCUCUCUGUGGGUGAUUUUUCAGAGGCGUUGGUGGCGCUGUGGAGCACUCGCUCAUUUGAGCUGCUCUGCACCGUUCAGCUCUCCAUUCCUCUGCAUGAUGCUGCGUUCUCCCCAUUCACUGCUAAUGAGCUGAUGCUCGUCGGCAGCAGUGCUGUUGUCUUUACUCGGAUACACACACACGACAACACUACUGAACUGCAGGUGCAGAAAGUGGGCUUACCUGAUGCGGUCGGACAGGCAGAAGUGACAUCAGUGUGUUAUAACACUCGCAAUAUCCUCUACACAGGCACAAACAGUGGCCAUGUGUGUGUGUGGGACUGUAACACACAACGCUGCUUUGUAACCUGGGAAGCAGAUAGAGGAGAGAUCGGUGUGUUGGUUUGCUGUGGAAAUAUGCUGGUCACUGGCAGCAAUACUAAAAAACUGAGACUGUGGUCUGUAGCUUCGGUCCAGAGUCUGAGCAACUCUGAUAGCAAGAGGAGCAGAGCACAGGAUGAUGGAACUCAGGUGCAGCUUGAGCAAGAGCUGCUGUUGGAUGGUACUAUAGUCAGUGCUGCGUUUGAUAAGGUCAUGGACAUGGGGAUUGUGGGUACGACAGCAGGAACCCUGUGGUACAUCAACUGGACCGACAGCACCAGUAUACGGCUGAUCAGCGGGCAUAAGAGCAAGGUGAACGGUGUGGUUUGUAGUCCAGACGAGCAGCAUUUCGUCACGUGUGGGCAGGAUGGCAGUGUCAGAGUUUGGACGCUGCAGAGCCAUGAGCUGCUGGUGCAGUUUCAGGUGCUCAACCAGAGCUGUGAGUGUGUGUGUUGGAGUCCCCCAAGGGGUGUGUGUGGCUCCAGGGGGCGAAUGUGUGUGGCAGCGGGAUACAGUGAUGGGACAGUGAGGAUCUUCAGUCUGGAUUCAGCAGAGAUGGAGCUCAAACUACAGCCUCAGCCUGAUUCUGUGUGUGCGCUGCAGUUCUCGCACUACGGUGAUGUGCUGUUGUCUGGUGCUCGUGAUGGUGUCAUCACUGUCUGCAGUCCCGUCACUGGAGUGUCUAUUCGCACCAUCACUGACCACAGGGGGGCCUCCAUCAAUACAUUGCAGUGCACCAGCAAACAGUUUAAGGAGUUUGGUUUGGAUGGAAAUGAGCUCUGGCUCGCUGUGAGCGCAGACAGGCGUGUCAGCAUCUGGGCUGCUGAUUGGACGGAUAAUAAAUGCGAGCUGCUUGAUUGGCUGACGUUUCCAGCUCCCAGCCCACGAGAGGAUUUACACACGUUGCCACCCAGUCUGGCAGCAUUCAGCCCAAGUCAGAGAGGAGUUGUGGUUUACACCGGUUAUGCUAUGGAAAAAGAGAUCAUCUUUUACAGCCUUUACAAAAAACAGAUUGUGAGGACGAUCUCUCUCUCCGACUGGGCUCUCAGUCUCUGCUUAUCUGGAAAACUGCUCGCUGUUGGAUCAAACCAGCGCGUCCUGAAUCUCAUUCAUUCCUCCAGUGGUCGCUUCCAGGAUUUUACGUCUCACAGCGACUCCGUUCAGGUGUGCAGCUUCAGCAUUUCUGGAUCCCAGCUCUUCACCGCUGCUCACAAUCAGCUCCUCCUGUGGACUGUAAAUGGGUUGUGAUGCUAGCACAACACUCAUGCUAACGCUACAUCCUUACCCUUUUUAAACGAUUAAUAGUUUUACUCCUCGCAGUUCAGAUUGCGUAGUUGUUUUUUAUAGAAAUGCACUGAUGUCAGAGCAGUUCUGUAUCCAGUUAGCAAGACUUGAAGUUUUAAUGACUGGUGUUUUUGUACUUGUUUUUAUAUUAAUUUUAAUACAUUUGAAAGAUGGUGCUUUUAGGAUUAUUAUUUUUACGUUUUACAAUGUUCAAAUGCCCUGAUAUGGUCAUGCACUUUAAAAUUUAUAAUUAAAGUUCAUAAAAACUGUGA